AUGGAUCCGUUAUGGCUAAUGGAUAGUCAAAACAUAAAUAAUACACUAUUUCAUGGAUACAGUGAUGACUACUACCACAACACCAACAAUAAUAUCUCCGGCAUCGACACCAACACCUACACCAACAACAAUAACAACCUAACAGAGGAUCAGUUAUUACGGCUAAUACAGGAACGUAUUAAACAAUUACAGGAAAGGCCGGCAACGGCCGGCCAACUAAUACACGAUACGAUUGUCAUAUUUUGCUACACAAUAAUUAUAUUGUUAUCGCUUGUCGGUAAUCUACUAGUGGUCAAAGUCAUACUGUUUGGUAAACCGAAAAUGUUGACCACAACUAACCUAUUGAUAGCCUCGCUGGCGGUCAGCGAUCUGGUUAUGACCGGGUUUAACAUACCGUUUAAUGUGGCCCGACUGCUACUACAAUCGUGGCCGUUUGGAUCGUUUAUGUGUGUGUCGGUACCAUUUGUACAGGUUACUUGCGUUUACGUAUCAACAUUUACGAUGACCGUAAUUGCAUUUCACCGCUGGUGGACUGUACGCCGUCGGGAGGCACCUGCAGCCGGCGGCAAAUCCCUGACCAAACUGCAGCUAACCAUUACCAUAGGUACUACUUGGCUAUUGGCCGCCCUGUUGGCUGUACCGCACUCGAUGUUCAACGAAACACUGGCGAUGCCGACCAUACGGAUUGUCCGAUGCGAAGUACACUAUCCGAAACUGGCCAUCGAUUGGUGGUCAACACCGUCAUCGCCAGAGCCGAUAACAAUCAGUCUACCGCUAUGGCUGUCGGUCGAGGCGUUUACUACACAAUAUCUGAUACCGUUAGGUAUAACUAUUUGGCUAUACUAUCGCAUUGGUCGGGUAAUUGCUGCCCAGGGCCGACUGGCCGGCCAGUCGACCGAUCAGCGCAAACGUCAACAAUCGGAUGCCCGUAAACGUCGGAUAGCUAUGUUGAUACUAGUGGUCACCGUAUUUGCCAUUUGUUGGUUACCAUUGAAUUUGUAUCAUUUAUUGGUAGACUUUGAACUAAUUUCAAGACAUUAUAACAUAUUUCUUGUCUGCCAUUGGUUUGCUAUGUCAUCUGUUUGUUACAAUCCAUUUAUUUACUGUUAUCUAAACAGUAGUUUCAAAAACGGUGCCAAAAAGUUUUAUCAAUUUAUUUUGUGCCAAAAAUCAUCGGUAGCUCAACAACAACAACAACCACUACAACAACGACCAUCAAUGACCACAAACAACACAAUUAUCAAUAAUAAUAAUAAUACUGUUUUUCAACAUCAAAACACUAUAGAUAACAAUCAUCAGGAGCUGAUAACUACUACAACAACACCAACACCGGUAACUACAGGUGCUCUCUAACCUUAUUGUAUUAAAUAAUAAUAAA